AUGAGCGCUGAGGAGUACGAGGUCACGCACCCAGGCUUCGCGUCGUCCCUGCCGAGCCAGCCUCCCGCCAAAGACGACCUGGCGCUGAUGUGCGACUCUACGCCGCCGCUGCAGCCGGAGAGCUUCUACAUCGACGGGGAGGAGCGCGUGACUGUGGAUUUUAGAAUAGACGACCACGACCUGCCAGCUCAGGAAACGAUCUAUCACUACGCGCGUUUCAAUUUCCCGGACGACAGGACCUACCACAUCGUAGGCGUUGAGCCUUUGGUGGAAAACGAGGAGUUUGUGCACCACUUCGUGAUAAAGGGGUGCAGCGAGGGGACGGAGGUGCCCGGGGAGCCCAUCCCGGACGUGGAUUCGAUGAUAUUACAGUGCCAGGAAUACCUCUACAUUUGGGCACCAGGGACCGGUAACUUCUCUUCUCCCAAGAACGCCGGUAUUCCCGUCGGAAAGGGCACCCGCCGACUCGGCGGCGAGCUUGAGAUCCAUUACGACAACCCAUUGGAGAAGAAGGGACAGAGGGACAACAGUGGAGUGCGCAUACACCUCACACCGGAUCUUCGCAAGGACGAGGUGGGCAUCCUCUGGAGCGGCACCAUCCUCAGCGUGGGACUUCUUCCGCCCAAGACGGACACCAUUUACUCAUCCACAAUCUGCCAGAUAUCCAUCAACGAGACGGCCGCACCCGGCGGCGUGCAGGUCUUCGGCUACAUGCCCCACAUGCACCUCACAGGGCGGCGAAUGUGGACCGACCGCCUGGUCGUCAAGCCGCAGAGCGGUCCUUCGAACGGCAGCUUCGUGACGGACUUCAGCGAGCUGGAGAAG